AGCAUCUUGCUGCUCUCGAGAGCACCCAUGAACCGCCCUUACUCGCACCAAGACCCGUCGCCGGAGCGCACGGGCGAGUGGGACUCUCCCUCGUCUCGCACUCGUCCCAACUCGCCAGCUCGCCACCGCGACCAGGGCACGCAGCUCGUGCACAGGAGCAGCCAGCCAGUCGUACUCUCUACCCUCAAGCAGGAGGUCCUCCCCGAAGACGAGUACCUCGCGCACCUGUCGAGCAUCAUCCAGCGCGACUUCUUUCCCCAUCUGCGCACCCUCGAGCAGCGCAACGACGUCCUCGACGCCUUCGACAGCCGCGACCCGCACCGCAUCGAGGCCUCGGUCCGCGCCCUGCGAGACCACCACGCGACCCCGACACCGCGCAGGAGGGCCCGCGAGGGAGCGACGCCGUACUCGACCCGCGAGUCAGCAAGGGGCGACCUCACGCCCACCUUUUUCGACCGCACGCCCCUCACGUCCUUCUCGGGCGCCACCCCUUCCUCGACCGCCACCUCGUCGCGCCGGCGCCGCGCCCCUCCUCCCCCUCCCCGAGUCGACCCGCACAUCUCGCUCGACGCGUUCCAAGCGCGCUACACGUCGCAGGACAACGCCUCGUUCCAGGACCUCCUCGCGUCCGACAACGCCCAGCGCCGCACGACCCACGCCUGGGCGUUUGACGCCGAGGGGCGCGCCAACGCGCGCGCCGUCCGCGGCCGACAGGCCCGAGAGCGCCUCGUCGACGUCACGAGGCGCAUGGUGGACGCGUCCGGGGACGGGAGCGUGCGGCUCGUCGAGGGUCCGGCGGGAAGGCCGGGCGAGAGGCGCCUCGUCGUGGAUGGCGGCGUCGAGGUCGGCAAGGGGGAACGCCUCCUCGUGACGGGGCGGGACGAGGCAGAGCGGCUCCUCAUCACGGACGGGGCGGACAAGGGCAAGGGGCGGGAGCGCGAGGGCGAGGGCGACGAGGGCGCGCUCGUCGUCGGGCGCGUCGACGAGUCGGCGCGCCAGUUUGUCGACUACGACAAGGCGACGGCCGAUGAGGAGGACGAUGCGCGACCCGUCGAUGCGCGAGAGCUCCAGGUGCAGAGCGCCGCUUGGCCGUUCAAGACCCGCAACUCGUUCAUGUUCCCGCCCGACGCCGACCGCUCGAACCCCUCCUCCCUCACCGGCCCUCCUUCGGCGCGCACCGCCACCGCCGCCGCCGCCUCUUCAUCCUCCUCGACCGCGUCCUCGCGCGCGCCGCCCAUCCUCAUCGGCGAGCCCAAAGGCGUGCGGCACGCGGCGACGCGCCUCGAGGCGCUCGAGCGAGGCUCGGGCGCAGGGUCGUCGUCGGCGAGGUCGAGCUUUGGUGGCGGCGGCGAGGGCGCGAGCGAGGCGAGUUUGAGCCCGAGUCGGAGCAGGAUUGGGGCGGCUAUCGCGGGCACACCUUACCCGUCCGCACCCCAAACCGCGACCCCUCGCGUCGGCGGCUUCUCGUUCGUCGACGCGCUCCCGACGCUCCCGUCGGCCGCGCUCCCGCCCCACGCACUCCAGGAGCUCAUGACGUGGGGCACGAUCGAGGCGACGCCGGUCGUGCUGCGCGCGGCCGAGGCCGACGCGGCGGGCGCGGCGGCGGGGGGUGGAGGGGGAGGGGGAGGGAGCAUGGGCGGGCCGGGCGCGGUGGGCCCGUUCAGGGUCAGGGAGGCAGACAGGAGGGAGGAGCUCGCGCACCGCAUGGCGCGCAGGGCCAAGCGCAGCCUCGCCGAGAGCGGCGGGCCGAGCCCGAGGGGCGGCCUCGCGCUCGGCGGCGGCGGGCUCCUCCGGCGCUCGGCCGUCGAGGCGUCGGUCCGCGGUGGCGGGAGCAGCACGCCCGGCGGUGGCGGCGGGGGCAGAGGAGGAGGCGGCACGCCGAGCGCCUCGGCGCGCGCCGAUGCCCUGUCGCCGGCCGCGCGGUCGCUCCUCGGCCGGACCAAGCCUGGCCGGGCGCUCGAGGCGGGCCUGGGGCGCACCGAGGCGUGGCGCGAGAAGGAGAGGAGCGCAAGAUGAUCGAUAGAUCGCGGCAGAGGGCGAGGGAGGUCGAGAGUCGCGAGAGGCUCAGGAGGGAGAGGUGGUCGCCGUCGCCGUCCGUCCAACUCGGCUUCGACCCCGACCUUCCCGACCGUCGAUGAUGCCCCUUCCCCUCACCGCCCUACACCCUCGUCCUGCUUCACCUUGCACCUCGCCGCCACCUGCACCUGGCUCUCGCCCCGCCCGUCGCGUCGCCAUUCAUGGCCACGAGCGCAGCCGCACGCACCCUCCCCCGUCGCG